UAUAAAGCUUUGGAGCUUCCUGGCUGCCACCGACAGUAAAAUCAGAACCACCGAACAACAUGAAGCUUCUCUGCAGUGUGCUAAUCCUCGCCAGCGUGCUCGUCGCCCAGGCCAAGCCGGGAGCCGUGCAGACGCAACUGCAGAGCGCCCUGGACCAAUACCUGGCGCACGCUCAGGACUUCGAUACCACCAUCACGGCCGACGUGACCACGCAGUGCUUCAGCUUGUAUCUGCCGAUGCUGAACGAGGUGGCUGCCACCUUCUCUAGCUCGUACAAGUCCUGCGUCAAUACCGCCAGCGCAGAGGCGGCCAAUCUGACCGCUCAGGCCGCCAAACAGCAGACGAUCUACCAGCAGGAGGUCACCUCUCUCUGCAGUGCCUUCACCACCUGCGACAGCGACAACGACACGAGCACCUUCUUCACCUGCUACGCCAACGCGGCCAACAGCGACGUCUCCCUCAUCUACGAUAUUGCCACCAAUUCCGCCAGCUCGGCCAGCAGCCUAAGUGAGAGCAUGAAGGCAAUUCAGGCCACGGAAUACCAAUGCACCAACACCACCGAGAGCAACUACGUCCGUGACACGGCCGCCACAUACGACCUCCUCGACAGUUGUCUUAAGUACGGUGUCCCCACCGUCUCCACUGCCGCGCCCUCCCCCUCUACCAACGGCCCCGUGGCUAGCUCGAGCGGGGCUCCUACCAGUACUGUCAGCACUCUGGCUCCAACAACGGACGUUUCGUCCAGCAGCGCCGUCCCAGUGACUACCGCUGCCCCCGGCACUUCAGGUAAUGUGACCACUGCUGCUGCCGGCACCCCAGCCGCAGCAUAGGUCCAAAUCUGAAAUCCAAUAAAUGAGCAUUCACAAAUCGCA